UAUACUACAGAUAAAAAUAAUAUCACAAUAAAAAUAUAUAAUACAUAUAUACAACGCAUAACUUUGUUUUAUAAAAGCUCAACCAAGUGUAAUUUUUUCAGUGUAAUUUAAGUAGUGCACUUGUCGCACCCCUUGCAGCGAACUCCAAUUACAGUGAACGCAAUUCAGAACUAAGUUUUGGCUAAAUUGCCAAGUGACGAAGCGCAAAAAAGCAAAGAUAACAGAAACCAUUCCAAAUAAUUAUUUUUUCUACUAUAUAACAAACUAUAAUAAAAAUGCAUGCAAUAAAUAAAUUGGAUACGAUGACGAUGACACCGUUGUCAACAAGUGGAACCAACAUAAAACUGGAUCACCAUUUAAAGCCUAUAUUGAGUCCAACACGAUCCCUUGAUGAAGGUUUUGAAAGUGAUCCGGAUCGUGUUUCAACUGAUUCAGAGCAUCAAACCAGUGGAACGAGUGGCAAUAUAAGCAGCAGUAGCAGUAACAACUGUCAUAGUAGUAAUAAUAACACAAAAUUACAACAACAACAACAAACACAACAAUUGCAGCAAAUAAGACAACAAUUGCAAAAACAAAAUGGUUCUGCAUUAGCACAAUUGUCAACAGCCGCAACAGGCGGCAUUAUUGCGGGUGCAAAUGCAACAAAUGCAAUAUCAACAGCAUCAACAAUAGCUGCUACUAACAUAUGCAGCAUACCAACAACAACAGAUUUACAUAAGCAACGUUUGUUAACAAUGGUGACGGCGCCUCAAAUUACACGUCGUCAGCGUUUAACAGCCGCAAGUACUGGCGCAAAUACAGUACCCACUAGCGUAACUGUAGCAACCACAAAGCCAUACACAACAGACGCAACGCUUGAAAAGCACUACAAGGAUUUGCAACAACAAAGUCGAAAUCCAUAUGACAUUAAGACUACAUCAGUUACAAAUCAUAACAAUAUCAGCAACAAUAACAACAGUGGCAGCAGUGGCAAUACCACUAAUAAUAACAACAACAAUAAAUCUGUACUAAUGUCUCGUGUACAAACAGUGACCGCCUCAAAUCUGCCAAGCAGUGGUACCAUUGGUUUACAAGCCUCCAACAGCAGUACAGGCUCUCCUUCUGCACAACGCUUGCAAUAUCAAAAACAACGUCAACCACUUGUUGCAUCUGCAGCGGUCCAAAAUCGUUUAACCACUUCAACUACUGGCUACCGACGUAGCAAGGUGCGUGCCAUGUCACCAGCAGUACUUAAAAGUGCCACUUCGCACCUAAACUCUAAUAAUAGUACCAACAAUACUGCGAGCAAUAUUAGCAACGGCUCCAACAAUAACACCCUAAACAGCAAUGCAACUACGAGCAAUGCACAUGUCACUACGGCGCGUAUAACACGCCUUAUGCAGCGCAAUACAGGCGCCAAUAAACGUUCACAUUCCGUCGAUGCCAUUUCACGCAUGAGGAACUAUAAAUAUCCGAAUGUGUUGGCUGCACAUCACACUAACGCUGCUGGCCAAACAUUAUUGGUGCAGCCAAUAUCUAGCGCUACUCUAACCUCCUCGGCUGUGGGUGCACUACCACCCGCAACCGCUGUUAUAAACUCAAAUAGUGGUGGCGAUACCGCUGCUGCACUAGUUGCUGCUGCCGGUGGUUCAACGGUUAUCGCUUCAGCUACUAACAGUCUCUACACCUUUUACCCGGCGGAGGGUAAUCUGCAAGUAUGGCAAUCCGAGUGCGGUGACCUCACAUACAAAUCGUCGCGCAAUCAGCAAGCACAUAAAGCGCCGGUCUGUUGGACGCAAUCCAUACCAAGGCAAACAAGACGCUAUAUAACACCAACGACUACCAACGGAACUGUAUCUUCAAGUGCAAUACCACCUGGCGCCACUAGUCUCAUUUAUCCAACUACAACAGGCCAAGUCUACCGCAUACAUCCAGCAACGACUAUAGCCAGUGUACCGGCAGCACAUCAAGGUACAGCAGCAAAUGUCGAGGGUAGUGAUUGUAUAGAUGGGGCUGGAAGUGCGAGUAAAGAAUACUCUAACAGUUCAAGCGGUUUUUCACAGCGUUUACGUGAAUUAGCCGCAUCGGCUGGUCUACUCUCACUUAAACCACGUCAACCUUUGAAACCAGUUAUAAAAACACGUGGCUCUCCAGGACCUGAAUUUCCAAAGAAAGUUACCUUCAGCGCAUUUGCAACGGUACAAGUUGUAUAAAAAAGCAAGUUUAUGUCUUUAAACUAAUAUCAAGUAAGGUUUUUUUAGAAUAUUUUGGUGUAUUGCUACCAACACAACUGUUUUGUUAAAUGUUAUGUACUUUGCUGUUGUUAUUUGGAAUUAAGCUGUGAAUGAAUGCAGAAAUUAGAUAAAUCCUGGUCACUAAUAAUAUGGAUGGAACUCUAAAGGAAUUCAG